GAGUUGCGGGCGGAGAUGGAGGAGAUCCGAGACAGCUACCUGGAGGAGGAGGUCUACCAGCUGCAGGAGCUGCGGAGGGAACUGGACCGCUCCAACAAGAACUGCCGCAUCCUGCAGUACCGCCUGCGGAAGGCCGAGCAGAAGAGCUUGCGGGUCGCACAGACCGGCCACGUGGACGGAGAUCUGCUACGUAGUCUGGAGCAGGACCUGAAGGUGGCCAAAGACGUGUCUGUGCGCUUGCACAACGAGCUGGAGAGCGUGGAGGACAAGCGCAGCCGAGCGGAGGACGAGAACGAGCUGCUCCGACAGAACAUCAUCGAGGUGGAGAUCUCCAAACAGGCGGUGCACAACGAGCUGGAGAGGACCCGAGAGACCGCUCUGAGGAGACGAGGAAGCAGGGAAACAUUCAAGGACAAGAAAUCCUCAAGUCAGGAGGACAGUGCAGACCUCCGGUGCCAGCUCCAGUUUUCCAAGGAGGAGUCCAGCCUGAUGAGGAAGAAGAUGGCGAAGCUUGGCCGGGAGAAGGAUGAACUGGAGCAGGAGCUGCAGAAGUACAAGACGGUUUACGGGGACGUGGACAGUCCUCUCCCUCUGGCUGAAUGCUCGGGCGGAGGCCCUCACACCACUCGGGAGGCUGAGCUGCGACUACGGCUCAAGCUGGUGGAGGAGGAGGCCAACAUCCUGGGAAGGAAGAUCGUGGAGCUGGAGGUGGAGAACCGCAGCCUGAGGUCCGAGAAUGACGACAUCCGGUGUCAGUACGAAAGAGACUUCUUCGGGCGGGAGCCGUUCUCCAGCAUGCCCUCCUCGCCGUACGGUGGCGACGCGCUGGACUCUGCCAGUGAGCUACGUCGCCACCUUCAGUUUGUGGAGGAGGAGGCCGAGCUCCUGCGCCGCUCCAUCUCAGAGAUUGAGGACCACAACAGGCAGCUGACAACUGAACUCAACCUCUUCAAAUUCGGCCCGAGCAGCAGCUCCGGGUCCGUAGCCGAGGAGGGCGGCGAAGGAAUACUCUUUAAACCCGGGAGCGGCGGGAACGGGAACGGUUCCGGUAGCGGGUUGAUGAUGGAGGAGCUGAAGUCGGCCAGGAUGCAGAUCAAUGAGCUGAGUGGGAAGGUCAUGAAGCUGCAGUACGAGAACCGCGUCCUCAUGUCCAACGUCCAGCGCUGUGACCUGGCCGCUCACACCGGCCUCCGCACCGGCAGCCCGAGAGACAGCGACGCAGAGAGCGACGCCGGGCGGCGAGACGCCACCGAGGACGAGGAGACCGGGAGGCUUCUUCUCCUCCAUCCCAAACGAGAGGGCCCAAUCGGAGGCGAGAGUGACUCUGAAGACAUGUUCGAGAGGACAACGACCACCUCGGGGUUCGGGAGCAUCAAACCCUCGGACGGCAGCGAGCUCAGCGCCGCCGAUCUGGCCAACCGCAGGAGGGAGGAGCGGGAGUCGUUCGGCAACGUGAAGCGAGAGGCGGACCGGCUCGGCAAGACGGUGGACCGGCUCAUCACCGACACGGACAGCUUGAUCUUCGAGGGCAGGCUGCUGGUGACGACAGGAGAGAGCCCGGAGGGCGGGCCGGCGGCGUCCGGGUCCAAACCGGACACGCAGGUCCUGGACAGCAUCAACACGCGCAUGAAGGCGUUCCGCACCGAGCUGCACAUCUUCAUGGAGAAGUUGGACCACGUCGGGGAGGGUCUGAGGGACCGGACGGACGAUCUGUCUCCGAUGCCGAACCUCACCGAGUCCAGCAGCUUCCUGUCCUCGGUCACCUCCAUGUCCCGGGACUCGCCCAUCGGCACCUUCGGACGAGACCUGGUGACGGACUUCCAGUGCGUUCAGAGGGAGGAGCUGGAGUGGCGUCUAGGACAGGAGCAAGGAGGAGGCGUGGAGCCCCAUGGGAGCCCGGGCCAGCGGGGGGGCCAGGCCCAGUGCAGGGGACCCCCGGGACUCACUAGGUACCACAGGCCCCUGGCUUUAAGAGCAGAGCUCCGGGAUGCACCUGCUGCUGACGUCCAGUUCCGUCUCGAUCACGAACGAAGGAUGAGAGCGACGACGACGGAGGAGCACGAGGUCGUCGUCUCUCUGCCUCAGGAGGACGAGCUCCUGCGUCUGGAGGCGCAGCGCGGCGGCCUGGAGCUGCUCGGGCUGCAGACUCACGAGGGGCCGUGGGCUCAGGAGAGAGCUCUGCUGCAGCAGGAGGUCCGGCUCUUCAGACGCAACACCAUCAUCUUCUACAUGAAGCUCCGCUGGAUCCUCACGCACUGGAGGCUGAGCCGCAAGGACGACUCGGGGGAGGAGACGCCGCACCCGGAGUUUGAGAAGUUGGAGGACAUCCCAGAGCUGGGAGUGAUCCUGGAGCAGGCCGAGUCGGAUGGAGAUGACAGACUGUGUUUACCACAAACUCCGGGGGACGUCCCGGACCCCGGCUUCCCUCUGCCGUCCCCUGACCAACACCUGCAGCACCAGAGACAGUGUGGGGAGAACCGUCGGAUGCUGCAGGCCCUGCGGACGCUGCUGGAGGAGUUCCGGGAGGAGCUGCGGGAGGAGGAGACGCGGCGAUGGCAACUGCAGCAAUCCUACGCCAAUGACAAGGCCGCCUGGGAGGUCAAGUGGGCCGAGAUGAAGUGCCAGGUGGCCCAGUCUGAGGAGGAGGCAGGAGGCCAAGAGCGAGGUGAAGCCCAGGGAGGAGAAGGAGAACCGGCCGGAGACCCCGAGUGCUCCUUGAAGCAGGAGCGAGAGGAGCACCAGCGCCUCCUGGCCGACAGCCACAGCACCUCCCUGGACCUCCGCUGGAAGCUGCAGCACGGCGAGAAGAGGUGGGGCCGCGAGAGGGGCGAGCUGCUGGAGCGUCUGGACCGGGAGCGGCAGGAGUGGAGCGGCAGCAUGAGGGAGCUCCACCGCAAGAUGGAGAGGAUGCAGAGGGAGCUGAACGCCCGGCGAGCCGAGGGCGUGGAUGUCAGAGACGCCAGCAGCAGCAGAUCCAUGCUCUCACCUCAGGACAGCCCCUGCCUACCCCCCCGGUCCCCUCGCUCCCCCCGAUCCCCCCGGACCUCCACCCCUGUCCUGGUCCUUCCCACCCGCUCCCACUCGGACUCCGAGGCCAUGCUGGAGGAGCAGGGGGGGGCGGUGAUGAGGCUGAGGGGUCCGACGGAGAACCUGUUCCUGGACGCUCUGUCCCUGGACCCCCUCAGCCUGCUGGAGAUCCCCCCACCCUCCAGGCUGGAGAGUGAGAAGAGGUUCCCCUGCAUGGAGGAGGCCCUCAUCGAGCUUUCGGAGGGAGAAGCUGAUCCUUCGUACCCGGAGGAGGAGAUGGGCGGUGGGAGUCUGCUCAGGGCCAAGUCCGUCUGCUCCAUGAGUGACUUCCAGAGGCUGAUGGACAGCUCGCCGUUCCUCCCCGACAAAACUCGCCACGGGGAUCCGGGCCAGGACGAGGACACGCCCCCUCUGUCUCCAGACGACCUCAAGUACAUCGAGGAGUUCAACAACAAGGGCUGGGACUUCCCAUCAUGCACCUCUGGCCCUGGUCCUGCUCGGGAGGGGUGGACAGACCCGAUCUCAGAGACCCGGGGAGGGGAACCGGUUCCCGAUCCCUUCAAGCCGCCGUCCUGGUUCCUCACCACCAGCGCCACCUUGACCACCAGCGCCACCUUGACCACCAGCACGCUGAGCAGCCCGGAGCACGGCCACAAGCUGAAGGGCAACGGAGCCGGGCCUGCCGGGGGGGGAGGGGACCACUACGGGGUCCACAUCCUGCACAGCCCCACCAGACCGGGAGGAGCCGAGCGAGCUGCGGCCCAAGACCCAGACUUCCUGUUCGCCAAGGGGACCAAAGCCAGGGGCGGGGGGGAGGCUGGGGUGGGGGCCGGCGGGCAGGAGGAGGUGUUCAGCAGCGGGAGGUGGGCAUGUGGGCUCCUGGAGACCGGGGGGUUAAGGACUUCGCCCAGUCAGUCUCCCAUCUGCCCCACCGUGGGCUACGCCUCGUCUCUGGAGCUUCAGCUCGCCAGGAACCUCAGUGACGACAUGAAGGAGGUGGCCAUCUCUGUGAGGAACGCCAUCCGCUCGCCACCCGGGCCGGUGGUCCGGGACACCGCCUGCCAGACCAACGUGUUCACCACCCGGGGCACUCAGACCACCCAGACCAUCAGCGUGGGUCUUCAGACCGACCUGCUGAGGAACCUGACCAGCAGCCCCCACCGCUGCCUCACCCCGAAGGGCGGCGGCACGCCAAUCUCCUCGCCGUCCCGCAGGAAGAGCCAGUACUCUCCCGUGGUCCAGAGCAAGUUCGAACGUCCCUGCUGCUCGCCAAAGUUCGGCUCACCCAAGCUCCAGCGCAAACUCUCUGCAACCAGUAAAGCCGAUCUGCCCAGCACCAGCCGCGCCCCCACGCCCACCACCCCCCAGAAGGGCAACAGCGAGUCGGCGUGGGCGCGCUCCACCACCACCAGGGACAGCCCGGUUCACACCCGCAUCAACGACGGCCUCUCCAGCCUCUUCAACAUCAUCGACCACACCCCGGUGGGCUUCGAGUGCAUCCUGAAGCUGACCAAGUCCCCCAGUCGCUCUCGGGCCACGCCACCCCCGACCGCGGAGCCCAGCCCGGCUCACGUGGCGCUCGCCGCCGACCCCAGGAUUGUACAGGAGUGCUUGCGGAUGGCCAGAGGUCGUUCACCCAGCCCCGUGCAGCUGAUCGUAGAGACGCAGGGGGACAGGAACUCCGAGGUGGUGAGCAUACGGCAGGACCUGUCGGCCCCCCCGGGCUACACGCUGGCUGAGAACACGGCACGCAUCCUCAACAAGAAGCUGCAGGAGCAGAACUUCAGGGAGGAGCGCCGCCUGCAGGCCGGAGGACCGAGCGGCCGGGACGACAGCAGCAGACCGGCCGAGGGAGAGAGAGGACAGGCCGCGUGUAUGGAGGACCUGCCUCGUUCUCCCGUGGCUCCGCCCCUGGACUCCUGCUUCCUCAGACCGGCCCGCCCGGCCAACCGCAGACCCCCGUCACGCUGGGCCGCCCACUCCCCCUCCUCCUCCCCCAAGGGGAGAGAGGGCUGCAAGAGGAGGUUCACCUUCCCGCCGCCGGGUCACCGGAAGACCAUCCUGGAGGGCGAGGAGCUGGCGUGAGUCCGUUCUCUACCUCCUCUCGCCCUCCUCCACCUCAGCCUAGAAAGACCCAGUACCUCAGAAGCCCCACCCCUCCAGAC